GCUCAGUUCAUCAGAAGAGAUCAGAACCAGAGUCUAGCUGUGUGUCUGUGAAGAGUGACACAUUUUAUUGAUCUGCCAAUAAUGUUUAACAGUGGAGAUAAACAGACUUUUCUCAGUCAUGAAGUCCUCAACAUGUUGAGAUCAAAUCUGAAGCAGAAGUUUGAGCAUCUGUAUGAGGGAACAGCGACGCAGGGAAACCCAACACUCCUGAAUGAGAUCUACACAGAGCUCUACAUCACAGAGAGUGGAGAGAUCAAUAAUGAGCAUGAGGUGAGACAGAUUGAGACACAAUCCAGGAGAGAAGCAACAGAGGACACAGCCAUCAAAUGCAGUGACAUCUUUAGACCUUUACCUGGACAAGACAAAGCCAUCAGAACUGUGCUGACAAAGGGAGUCGCUGGCAUUGGGAAAACAGUCUCUGUGCAGAAGUUGAUCCUGGACUGGGCUGAAGGGAAAGAGAAUCAGGACGUCCAGCUCAUAUUUCCACUUCCUUUCAGAGAAAUCAAUCUGAUGAAGGACAAAACACUCAGUCUUUCAGAUCUUCUUCAUGUGUUUUUCCCUGAAACUAAAGAAAUGGAAAUAUCCAGUGAUGAAUAUAAAGUGUUGUUCAUCUUUGAUGGUCUGGAUGAGUGUCAUCUGUCUCUGGACUUUAAAAGUAAAGUGAAACUGUGUAAUAUAUCUGAAUCAGCCUCAGUGGACAAGCUGCUGAUGAACCUCAUUGUGGGGAAUCUGCUUCCCUCUGCUCUCAUCUGGAUCACCUCCAGACCAGCAGCAGCUGAUCUCAUCCCCUCUGAGUGUGUCCAUCGAGUGACAGAGGUACGAGGCUUCACUGAGCCACAGAAGGAGGAAUACUUCAGGAAGAGAAUCAGUGAUCAGAGUCUGGCCGACAGGAUCAUCUCACACCUGAAGUCAAGGAGCCUCUACAUCAUGUGCCACAUCCCAGUGUUCUGCUGGAUCUCAGCCGCUGUUCUGGAGAAGAUGUUGAGUCCAGCAGAGAGUGGAGAGAUUCCCAAGACUCUCACUCAGAUGUACACACACUUCCUGAUCCUUCAGACCGACAUCAAACAUGAGAAGGACUAUGAGAAGAAGAUUACAGAUGAAGACAUGAUCCUCAAACUGGGGAAACUGGCAUUUCAGCAGCUUGUGAAAGGAAACCUGAUCUUCUAUGAGGAAGACCUGAGAGAGUGUGGCAUUGAUGUGACAGAAGCAUCAGUGUACUCAAGAUUGUGCACUCAGAUCUUCAGAGAGGAGUUGGGCUUGUAUCAGGGGAAAGUCUUCUGCUUUGUUAAUCUAAGCAUUCAGGAACAUCUAGCAGCUCUGUAUGUGCACUUAUCCUAUACAGUUGAGAAGAGAAAUGUUUUUGACCAAACCAAACAAAGUCUGUUCCCUAAGAUUUCUAACCAGAAGAAAUAUAGUUCAUUAUCUACUCUGCACCAAAGAGCUGUGGAUGAGGCUUUACAGAGUAAAAAUGGGCAUCUGGAUCUUUUCCUGCGUUUCCUUUUGGGUCUCUCAGUGGAGUCCAAUCAGACUCUCUUACAGGAACUACUGACACAGACAGGAAGCUGCUCCUAUAACAAAGAGGAAACAGUUCAGUACAUCAAUCAAAAGAUCACAGAGAAUUCCUCUCCAGAGAAAUCCAUCAAUCUGUUUCACUGUCUGAAUGAACUGGGUUAUGACUUUGUUGAGAAAAUCCAGAACAGUAUGAACUCAGGAAAGCUUUUAGCACAGAAUAUCUCCUCUGCUCAGUGGUCUGGUCUGAUGUUUGUGCUCCUGAUGUCAGAAGAGACUCAAGAGAAGUUUGAAAUGCAGAAAUACCUCAGAUCUGAUGAAGCAGUGAUGAGACUGAUACCAAUCAUCAAAAAUACCAGAAGAGCACUGCUACAGUCAUGUAAUCUCACUGUUCAGUGUUGUGAGAGUUUGUCUUCAGCUCUACAAUCCUCAAACUCUGUCCUGAGAGAGCUGGAUCUGAGUUACAAUGACCUGCAGGAUUCUGGUGUACAGAUUCUUUCUGAUGGACUGAAGAAUCCAAACUGUAAGCUGCAGAUACUGAGGUUGUCUUGCUGUAUGGUGACAGAGGAAGGCUGUGGUUAUUUAUCUGCAGCUCUGAGUUCAAACCCCUCACAUCUGAGAGAGCUGGAUCUGAGCUACAAUCACCCAGGAGAUUUAGGAGUACAAAUGCUCAAUGACAGACUGAAGGAUCCAAACUAUGAACUGGAGAAACUCAAUGUGGAUCAUAGAGGAGAGAUCAGAGUUAAAGAGACACCUCAAAGAUAUGCCUGUGAUCUCACAUUGGAUCCAAACACAGCACACACUCAACUCAUUCUGUCUGACGAGAAUAAAAAGGCUACAUAUGUGGAAGAUCAUCAGCCGUAUCCUGAUCAUCCAGACAGAUUUGAGGAGUGGAAUCAGGUUGUGUCUCAAGAGAGUCUGCCUGGACGCUGUUACUGGGAGGCUGAAUGGAGCGGUUGUGUUAAUAUAGCAGUGACAUAUAAAGCAGUCAGCAAGAAAGGAGGAAUAAAUGACUGUGUGUUUGGAAACAAUGACAAAUCCUGGAGUCUGUGGUGCUCUGAUAACUCAUUCACUUCCUGGCACAAUAAUAAUUUUCAGCCAGUGGCUAAACCUAUCCCUUCAUCCCGCUCUAAUAGAGUAGGAGUGUAUGUGGACUGUUGGGCCGGCAUUCUUUCUUUCUACAGCGUCUCUGACACACACACACUCACACACUUACACACACUGAACAACACAUUCACUGAACCCCUCUAUGCUGGAUUUAGGGUUUAUAAAUUGAAAUCUUCAGUGUCUCUGUGGAACAUUAAACAGCUUCCUGUGAGAAACAACAGUGAUACACACACAACUGGGUCCUCUAACCUCAAACCUCCUGGGCUCACUGGUCCCCCCCCUAAUCUAAUAAAUCCACUUCUAAAUAGUGAGGCAGAUAAAGCACAAUUUUUUAAUAACUAUUGGUCAGAUCUUGUUCAGACAGUUAAAAAUGUUAAGAUCAUUGCAGAUAAACUGCUUCAGCAGAACAUAAUUCAUGAAGAACAAUAUUCCAGAAUCACACAUGUAAAUUCAAUCUCUCAGGACAGUAUGAGAGAGAUCUGCCUCAUUAUACGCAAGCAGAGUGAAGCUGUGAAAGCCGAAUUUAUCUCAAUUCUUCAGAAAGAGGAAAAAAAUCUGAAUCAGCGCCUUAAGAAGAAAUGAUCCAAAAGAGCAACUGCAGAUAUGCUGAAGACUUGAGUCUGAACAUACUGAAUUUUGAGAAACAAUUCAAGUUUGGUGAAAGUGAUCUGCAAAUUCAUUCAUGGAUAAGGAUAAGGGUUUAAGACUUUUUUUAAAAGAGACUGUGAAGUCGUUUGUUGUUUUUUUAAGAACAUAUCGAUUUUUGUCUGUUUGUUGUUAUUUUUUGAAGAAGGGAUAAUGGUUUUGACAAAAUAUUAUUUUUUUAAAACACUGUUGGUGUUAAUGUUUGAGACUAUAUAACAUUUAUACUGUUUGGGAAUUUAAACUUGUUAAGAUGUAUGUGUCUAGAUGCACUGACUUGUCAACAUCUAGUCUUCAACCUUGAUACUUGGGUAAAGUUGGUUUUAUAUUCGCA